AUGGUCUACUGUUCCACUAGCUUCUAUGGAUUUCCCUCCUGCUCCACUGGUGGGACCUGUGGCUCCAGCUGCUGCCAAUCAACCUGCAGCCAGACCAGCUGCUGCCAAACUAUUGGCUGUGAGACUGGCUGUGGCACCAUGGCCUGCUGCUCCACUAGCUUCUGUGGAUUUCCCAUCUGUUCCACUGGUGGGACCUGUGGCUCCAGCUGCUGUCAGCCAACCUGCUGCCAGACCAGGCGUUGCCAGCCAACCUUCUGCCACACCAACUGCUGCCGGACCAGUGGCUGUGAGACUGGCUGUGGCAUUGCUGGUAGCAUUGGCUGUGGCCAGGAGGGAGGCAGCGGAGCUGUGAGCUGCCGCACCAGGUGGUGCCGACCUGACUGCCGCGUGGAGGGCACCUGCCUGCCUCCCUGCUGUGUGGUGAGCUGCGACCCCCCAUGCUGCUGCCAGCUGCACCAUGCCCAGACCUCCUGCUGCCUCCCAUCCUAA